AUGACAGGAGGAAUCCUAAGCCUAUGUCUCAUAGUUGGGGGCACGCUCAUCACCGGAGCAGCAAACUCGCUUCUAACCAAAUACCAGGACAACCAAUGCGUCAAGAACUGCUCUGGCGCAGAGGGGACGCCGGUGAAGUUCGAGCAGCCGGGCAUCCAAACCCUCCAGAUGUUUCUCGGUGAAUUGGCCAUGUUUCUCGUUUACAUUGCGUAUCGAUAUCACCAGGCCCAACAAGUACAACAACAACAGCAAAACAAGAGAGGGGCCGACGCGAGCGAAGUUUCAAUCUUGAGCUCGCCUGAAAGUGCCGGUGCAGACGACACUGAGGAACGCAUCAAGCGCAAAGUGCAAGCAGAGCAUAUCGGCUUGCUCGAGAAUUGGCGAUUGGCCAUUCCCGCAAUUUGCGACUUGAGCUGCACCACCUUGUUGAACAUUGGCUUGGUUUACACCCCCGUUUCGAUCUACCAAAUGACACGGGGCUCGGUCGUGUUGUUUGUGGCGAUAUUGUCGGUGGUGUUCUUGAAGCGGAAAAUCACCAAAUUGCAAUGGCUCAGCUUGCUGUUUGUCACUUUGGGCGUUGCCAUUGUGGGACUCAGUGGGUCGCGUCACAGCGGGCUGAAGUCAGUCGCUAGUGCAGCCACAUCGGCCUCCGCCGCCGGGGCUAUCAUCUUGGGAAUCUCGCUUAUCGUUGUUGCCACCUCGCUUCAAGGCAUCCAGUUCGUCGUGGAGGAACACAUACUCGCGCGCAACCCCAUCAUGCCGCUCCAACUAGUCUACAUCGAGGGUUUCUUCGGCACAGCCUCGAUACUAUUCUUUAUGAUCUUGCUCAACUAUAUAUUCAGCUACUGGCAAACCCCCGACGAGUUUGCCGACUCCAAAUUUAACAUGAUUGAAGCGUUUGCUCAAACAGUGACCAACCCCCGUGUGCUCAUCUCGUCGAUAUUGAUCAUGAUCUCGAUUGCUACGUUUAAUUUCUGCGGGUUGUCGAUUACCCAUCGCAUUAGUGCUACGGCGAGGAGCACGGUUGACACGUGCCGGACGCUCAUUGUGUGGAUCGUGGCUAUCGCGAUGGGGUGGGAGCAGUUCCACUGGUUGCAGUUGCUGGGGUUCAUUGUGCUUGUGUGCGGCACAUUGUGCUUCAACGGCGUCAUCAAGCCUGAAGAGUGGAGGUGUACUCCCAGCUGGUUGAAGGAGAAAACUAGCGACGGCCAAGACCGCGCUGUUGCCGGUGAAGAGGGUAGAGGCUUAAUUGAAGACUUUGAGGAGUUUGAAGGAAGGACUUAG